AUGGCCGCGCUGCAGAAAGGGGGCAGCAGUGGCCACUCCUCCCCCCACCUUGAACAGAGGCUCUUGUGUCCCAACAGCUGCCAGGAAGCUGGAAAGCACGUGCUGUGCUCUAGCCAGAGCUGCCUCCGGAGAGUGACCUGGGGGCUGCUGCUCCUAGGGGCCCCGGGCAUGCUCUGCUGGAGGCCCAUCCGAAGGUACCUGGAGGAGCUGGAUGAAUUUGCACGGGAGAACAUCUACUCUCUGUACAAGUUUAUCUUCAGUGAAGGCAGGGGCCCCACCAGGACCACCCCUGCAGCUGUUGGCCCAGGAACUAUGUUGCCCUUGUGGCUGGACCAAGAGCUCCAUCUGCAGAGGCUGAAUGAACCGGGUAACCAGUACAAAGUGGAGUUCAGACUUCGCAACACCACAGGGGACUGCUUCAACCGCACCUACUCCUAGGGUGAGAAGGCUGUCUGGCAGUGGUACCACUUCCAGUACAUGAACAUCCCAGCCACUGUCCAGCAAGAUAGCCACCAGAGCCACUUUGUCCUAUUCUGCAAGAACAACUGGAAGGAUUUGUCCAGCUGGGAGCUUCGAGACCUUCCACCAUCCCAUCUACGGCAGCUGCUAUAUUUCAAUAGCAUCUUGGCAUCAAAGCACCAAGACACCAGUAAAGGCAUCAGUCUGGUGCUCAGGGUUGAGAGGCAGGACCACCUGCCUCUCCUGUGCACGGAGGCUGGCCUAAAGGUCAUGAUCCACACACACAACCAUACGCCCUUCCUGGAGCCUCACUUCCUGGAGCCCCAGAGCUUCAGCAUCCUGCCCCGUACCAAGAGAACAGUGGGCAUCCAAAAGGUGAGCCCCUAUGGGAACUGCGUGGACAGAGAAAAGGGUGCAGACAUGCCGCUGCUGUACAACACAUCCUACACCAGGCAGGCCUGUGUGGUUUCCUGCUUCCAGCAGCUGAUGGUCAAGAAAUACACCUGCGGCUACUACCGCUACCCCCUGCCGGUGGGGGCAGGGUACCACACCUACACCAGGCAUCUGGCCUAGAGUCACUGCUUCUACUGCCUCUACCAGGAGCUAGAAACUCACAGCCUCUCCUGCUUUUCCCUCUGUUCCAGGCCUUGCAAGAGCAGCAUCACCAAAAUGAUUAUCUACGAGAGACUCAACUACCUCAAGAUGAGAGAGAUGCCAUUAGUGGAGAAACUGUUCUCUGAGAUGAAAAAUCUCAUGGGCCAGUGGUUUGGCAUGUCCAUGCUCUCCCUACUGGAGCUGCUAGAGCUGCUGCUUGACGUGGCUCUCGCUCUGCUGCUGGGCUACCACCAGCUCCAUGAAGCAUGGCUGCCGGCACUAGGUCAAGCAUCCAGGGGGCCAAGCCGGCCUCAUCUUCCACAGACACUUCCAGGGGUCCUAGCGGGAAUCUCAGCUGAAAAGUUAGAGUGGGCUACUCCCCAGACUCCCAGCACUGAACCAGUCCUGCAGGGGCCAGAAGUCAUUUUGCCUGAUCCUGGGGCUUUGGCCUGCGUGGCCAGCCACGUGGCCCAGGACGCCAGCGUCCAGCAGGGGCUGAAGCCCCAGGCCAGAGUCCCGCCCACUCAGCACCCUCACAGCCCAGCCUGGAUGCUGGAGUCACUAAGUGAGGUACAUGGGGUUGAUCCCUGGAUGGGCUGCCCCUCCCUGCCCUAG